UAGAUACGAAAACACUGAUUUGUGCCUUAAUUUAAUUGAUUUUCGAUUCGCAAGAUUGAUUUUACUAUGUGGUGACCAGUACUUAUAUAUGUACAACUUCAUUGAUUGCAGAGAUGAAUUGUGACGUGUGGGAAUAAAAGUUAACUUCCUAAGUAUUGUAGUCUGUUCAGUUUAGCCGAAAACUUAGACUUAUACAUGUUCAUUGAGCAGAGGAAUAGACAAUUAGCCGUUCAUUUCGUUGGAAGGAAAACAUUUCGGUAUUAAUUAUAAGAAUAAACUAGACCUCGGGAACGUAACCGUAAUAAUUUGAGGCAUUUCCCAAAAAAGGGUUAACUUGGGAAAUGGCCUUACUAUUUACGAUAGGCUUAGGAAGAGACAACUAUUUGACCCAUUAUCACCUGUAUCCACAAUGGGCUUACCGAAGGAUUCUCCUCAAAGUUCUCCCUUAUUUUCUUUUUUGAAUUGCUGGAGAUGCUUCGCCUCUUUAUUACUGGGUAUUGAGACUAUGUGAAAGAAAGUGUAUACUUUUUAUUUCUAUUCUUACAUAGUUGAGAAAUACAGACUAUAACAUUGCUUCGUUUCAAACGAACCAAAGUGCCAGUUGAUACUAAAAGACGUGAGCAACAUUUCAUGAGAUCAUUAGCGGUACCAUACUGUAAUCAAAGUCUGAUUCCUGUAUGCACAAUUCAAUACUGGGGCCGUACGUGUUUGUAAUUAAAAUUCAGUGUGGAAGCAUAAUACACCAUGAAUGGUCAACACAUGGAAAUUGCAAUUGUACAGUAUAUUGUGUACAACUUUAGGUAUGGAGCAACGUUGAUUUGAUACAGGGUUGUCUUUCUGGCUAGUCGGGUAGACAAAAAAUAUGUCUUUUGGUGGUGUUCACUAUUUUAUCAAUUUUUUGUGCAGUUCAGAUGUCAGUAAUACUUUUAUGUAACCCCUGCUUUGUUUCACUUUAGAUUCUGGUGAUUCUGUUUCAUAGAAUACAGGAUGUUCUUAAAACCAUUCUCCGUGAGAUCUAAUUCUCAAAUUAAAUCUUGUGAAAGGAAGCAACUUUUGAACUCAUUCUAUGAUCAGUAUAAGUUAGAUCCUACAAAUAUUUUAGAAGUUUUUAAAAUAAAAGAUGUCCAUCGUUUAAAAGUCAUAACUUCAUCGGAGACAAAAGUAAAUAUCUACAAAUUCGGGAAUACUCCUUUAAUUAUCGAAAAUGAGAAAGAAUAUCUCCCUACAAUUUACCUUCUAUGGCAUUUACCUGAUCUUCUUCCACACUUCAAAAUACAUGAAAACAUAGUCCCCGUUUUGAUGAAAGGGGCUGACCUUAUGCUUCCUGGAAUAGUAACUGAUGGUCCAGUCCUUCCUUGUACCUUUAAUAAGAUAGAAAAGGAUGUUCUUUGUUGUAUUAGCACAACUUCCAAUCGUUCACCGAUAGCUGUCGGGCGCACAGCCAUGUCAAACUACGAUAUGUACAUGAGUGCCGGUAAAGGAAAGGCUGUAUCUAUACUUCAUGUGAUGGGUGAUCAUGUGUGUUCUCUGACUUCAUCACUCAGUCGUCCUACUCUCCCGUGGCCUAUCACUGAAGAAAGUUCUCUAAAAACAAGCGAAGACAUAAUUGAUAAUUUCGAUAGUGAAUCGAAAUCCACAAUAAAUAAAUUGUCUCCGCCCCUACUGGAUAGUAAAAAUGUCAACAACAUACUGAACGACCCUCAUUUGGAAGAACCAGAUGAGUUACAACCAUCACUUGACCUAGAUAAGAUUCUACGGGAGUGUUUUUUAAAAGGUCUUAAAUUGAUCAAAGUAAAUCAACUUCCAAUUCAAGUGAAUAUUUUUUAUUCUCAAUACGUUUUAGUGCACAAGUCUCCAUCAGUGGAUCUAGACAUCAAGAAAACAAAAUUCAAAAAGGUCGGCUUAUUUUUAAAAGCCAUGCAAGAUGAAGGUUUUGUCGAGGUGACCGAACCGAAAUCUGGUGUAUUAGUAUUAAAUCAUGUUAACAAGGAUCACAUUGAAUUACGUGGAGUAACCGUUCCUCCUUCAAUGACAAAUCCCAAAGUUGAGUGUCAUUGGCCAGAUGAUUAUAUGGGCCCACCUCAAGUUGAAGAUAUUCGAAUAAUUAAAGGACCUGUUACAGCUUUAUUUUCACAGUUUGGUUAUAAGUCAGGUGAAUGUAUUAGUCAAUCAGAAGCUCGAAAAACCAUUGACAGCUAUGUUCGAAACAAUCAGCUACAGUUGACUACAGAUCAGAGUCUAGUUCGUUUAGACAAACUGUUAACAAGCAUAUGUGAGCCGAAAACGUUUAUUGAAUCGUCCGAAAGUACUAUAGCAAAUCCAAUUUUUCACAUCCGUUUCGGUGAUCUUAUUUCUCAAGCUUUAAAAAAUUUAACUACUGCCUAUCGUAUAAUUUAUCCUGACUUGUCCACCCCUGUAAUCUGGAAUAAAAAAGAGCCACCGUUUAUACAUUUGUAUACUGUUACGAAAGCGGGAAAAAAAUUAACUCGAAUAGCAGAAUUGGAAAAUUUUCACAUUAAUCAUGAAUCAUUUUCUAAACAGCUAAAAAUAAAUUUAGCUUGUUCAGUUGGGAAAACUGAGGAUCAACAAUAUCCGGGUAAAAUUGUCAUUCAAGCCCAAGGUGUUCACCUUGCAGCUAUCUCCAAAUUACUUACAGAAUCUUAUGCAAUAUCAAAGCGAUUUAUUAAAGGUUACACGGAACCAGAUAAAAAGAAGUAAAUAUAAAUUUAAUCACUUACAAAAAUGAACAAUUUACUUCUUUGUACACAGAUUUAUCAAAUGUUUUCUGUACAACUGGUUGAAUUCAAUGUACAUUUUGAGAAAAAUACUUCAAUAAUUCUAAUCUACUUCAAAUGCUAAACUGAAUCAUUUAUCUAGAGCGUUAGUCAAUGAAUUCCAAGGGAGUGUGACAAUCACAUUGUCAGUUCAGCAGCUGGGAAAUAUAUUUAUUUUACCCAGUCAUCACGCGAAAACAUUCUAAUGAACUGUACGUCGUUCCCACACUUGGAAGGUAUAUUAUAGUUGAAUUGCCUUACCCUAGCUUCUGUGCGCAUAAAAGCUAUUAUUAUUCACUUGAUCCGUGAAACGAUUCAGUAUUAAACUAUUUUUCCAAAAUAUAUUAAUCAGCUAGUGUUUCCAAAACUCG